AUGGCACCUCGAGGGCGUGGUGGAAAGUUCAGCAAGCCGACUCGUGGUGGCGGCAAGAAAUUCUCCCGUGACCUCCAGCCCCUCGACAAAGAUGGCAAUCCCGUCGGCAUGUGGCGCGACCAACAAGAAGCAAAAGAAGAAGAGACGAGCUCCGAAGAAGAAGAAGACGAAGAGUCCUCUGACGAAGACGCCUCUGAUGGCCCCUCUUCCAAACUCGCCACAACCCCGCAACAAGAAAUGACCCGCGAACAACGCCGCGAAGCCGCCAAACAGAAGAAGCUUGCCGCUAUAGCUCGAAAGAACAAGAAAGCUGCGGCUCCAGGUGACAUGCCAUCAUCCGACAGCGAAGAUGAGGAUGAUGCCGGCGAAGAAGAUGAAGACGAUAUGCCCGCCAACCCAAAUCAUACCGCCAAAUCUCGCUCCCAGGCUUCCAAGGUGCCGCAGGCACAAGCGCCAGAGGCUUCAUCCACAUCGACUCCUGCCCGGUCCAAGAAAGCAGGAGAUACAGCGAACCUCUCCCGCCGUGAGCGUGAGGCCCUUCAAGCCCAACAGGCGAAGGAACGCUACCAGAAGCUGCACGCGGAAGGGAAGACGGAUGAAGCGCGUGCGGACCUGGAGAGGUUGAGGUUGGUGAGGGAGCAGAGGGAGGCGGCGAAUGCGAGGAAGCUGGCGGAGAAGGAGGAGAGGGAAGAGAGGGAGCGCGCCAAGGUUGAUGAGCGGGAGAGUAAACUGAGGGCCGCGGCGGUUGGGGAUGGGGGUGUUAAGGCGAAGGGGAAGGGGAAGAAAUGA